AUGCCAGCCGUACAAUAUCCGGAGCCAGCCAAUGCUGACGGGCUUUCAUAUGAGCCUGGAUCAGAGGAAAGGAGACUUCUGAAAGCCGCACUUGCAGAGACAGAGAGUACCAUUGCCAAUAUCCCAAGCGUCAUCAACGGUGAGCGCAUUUACACAGGCCACAAGAGCAAGCAGGUCAACCCUUGGAACCGAUAUGGCGCUCCCUUGUCAGAGUACCAUGAGGUUGACGCAGAAGCAAUCAAAACGAAGGCCAUUCCAGGCGUGCUGCAGGCGAGAAAGGAUUGGGCCAACAUGUCAUUCAAGGACCGAGCAGCCAUCUAUAGAAGAGCGGCAAAACUGGUUGAAUCCCCAAAGUAUCGAUGGAAGCUGUUGGCGGCGACCAUGAUCGGCCAAGGAAAGACAUGUGGACAGGCAGAGGGCGAUUGCAUCACUGAAGUCAUCGAUACCCUGAAUUUCCAUGUCCACUUCUGUGCCCAGAUGUACCAGCAGCAGCCACCAAAGCAAUUCGAAUCGUCAUCCAGCAGAAUCGAUUACAGGCCCUUGGAAGGAUUUGUGCUCGCUAUCUCCCCUUCAACUUUACCGCGUUGGGAGCGCACAUCGCUUUCACCCCAGCUCUCCUAG